GUGGCAAUUGGCUUGCGGGGGGCCACCUGCCUCAGAGAACCUGAGGACUAUUCAGACUCGUCCUGGGAAUGACGGAGGAGGGGACUUGCGGCUGGGAAUAAGUGUUCCUAUCAUGCUGCUCCCCAGGAACCGUUCGGAGCCCGGGACAUGUCGCGAUUGAGGAGAUACGAAGUGGCGCUGGAAGCGGAGGAGGAGAUCUACUGGGGCUGCUUCUACUUUUUUCCUUGGCUGCGAAUGUGGCGCAGGGAGCGGAGGCUCCCACUGACAAGCUGGCAACCGUGGAACGAGACUAAGCAGAAGCAAGAAGCCUUGCCACUGCCCUCCAGUACUACCUGUUGUACUCAGCUCUAUAGACAACCACUCCCAAACAAGCUACUGAGGAAGAUCAUCCACGUGAAACUGCAGAAGGCUGAUGGGGACUGUCACCUUCAGGCUAUUGUGCUUCACCUGGCUCAGCGCAGUGUUUGCGUUCAUCCUCAGAACCGCAGCCUGGCUCGCUGGUUUGAGCGCCAUGGGAAAAGGCUCCAGGAGACUAGAUCCAACUUAAAUCUGGAACUACAAAUGAAAAUGUACUCGAGCCCCCAACAGCAAAACUAAUAAAAUAUUAGACAAUAA